AUGUCUUUACCAACCCAAUCUGCCGUCGUCCUCCAUGGCGCACGCGACCUUCGUUGUGAAAGUCGAAGGGUUUGGCCGCCAGCAGCCGGACAAGCCCAGGUCUCCAUUGUCUCCACUGGGCUGUGUGGUAGCGACCUUCACUAUUACGCUCAUGGCCGAAAUGGUGACUUCCAACUCCAAGCACCUCUCGUUCUCGGCCAUGAAGCCGCAGGCGUCGUCACCGCUGUUGGACCCGGUGUCAAAGGUCUCAAAGUCGGAACUCGCGUAGCUAUCGAGGCUGGGGUGAUGUGUAAUAAAUGCACAUUCUGCUGCUCUGGCCGUUAUAACCUCUGCAAAGACCUAAGGUUUUGCAGCUCCGCAAAAACCUUCCCUCAUCUCGACGGCACGUUACAAGAACGUAUGAACCACCCUGCCCACCUCCUACACCCUCUUCCGGAAUCCUGUUCUUUCGAUGAUGGAGCACUCGCGGAGCCCCUAUCUGUCCUACUGCACGCUGCAAGACGGUCACAGCUAUCAAAAGGCCAAUCUGUACUGGUGUUCGGUGUUGGGGCUAUCGGCUUAUUGGCUUGCUCUGUGGCCAGGUCAAUGGGCGCCUCCCGUGUGGUUGCGAUCGAUAUCAACCAAGCCAGACUCGACUUCAGUACUUCACACGGCUUCGCCGAGGCGACCUUUUGCCUCCCUUUUCCCGGCAAAGCGAAAAGUUCCGACGAGAGUCUCCGCUGCGCGAAAGCUAGCAUCGAAACGGCUCUUGACAAAUUUGAACAGCCUGAUGGCUUCGACGUGGUGUUUGAAUGCACGGGAGCUGAACCUUGUAUUCAGAUGUCCGUCCAUGCUGCGACCAUCGGUGGCAAAGUGGUGCUCAUCGGAAUGGGCUCCCGAAACGUAUUACUCCCUCUCUCCGCUGCCGCAACACGUGAGGUGGAUUUGGUUGGGUCCUUUAGAUAUGCCCACACAUAUCCGGAAGCGCUUUCGCUUCUUGCCGGCGGAACCCUUGGCGCACUCCAUAAACUCGUCACGCAUCGUUUCCGCCUGGAAGACUCCCAGAAAGCAUUCGAGCUGCUCUCGCGUGGCAAGGACCAAGAUGGUGGCUUGGUUAUCAAGGUUGUGGUCGGAGCCGACAGCGAGCCUGAACCUUAG